GGCUCUACGUCAUGACGUCAUUCUACAUCCGCUCUCUGAGUUUUCGCUCGCUGUCUUGGCGCGAGACUUGUCCGACGUUAUAGAGACAGCGGGCUGAAACCAGCUUCAUAACAAAUGAUAAAGCGAUUAACUUUACAUACUAGCAGCUGCUGAACACAGAACCUGUCGAGUUACGGCGUUUAAACGAUCUGGCUGUCUGAUGCUGUUUGGACUUAUUCAAGAUGAAUUGCGAGCUUUUGGCAACAUGCAGUGCUCUCGGCUAUCUGGAGGGAGACAUCUAUCACAAGGAACCUGAUUGCUUAGAGAGUGUGAAAGACUUGAUCAGGUAUUUACGCCAUGAAGAUGACACCCGUGAUGUCCGCCAGCAGCUCGGUGCAGGCGAGAUUAUACAGAAUGACCUUCUACCUAUAAUCAUCCAACAUGGAAAAGACAAGGCCUUAUUUGAUGCCUGCAUCAGGCUCAUGGUCAAUCUUACUCAGCCAGCCAUGCUUUGCUUUGGGAAAGUCCCUGAUGAUCCAGUGUUUAGACAUCACUUUUUGCAAGUGACGUCUCAUUUACAAGCCUGUAAAGAGGCGUUUGCAAGUGAAGCAGUGUUUGGCAUUUUAAGUGAGACUUUAUACACACUUUUACAACUGGACUGGGAGCAGAGACAGGAGGAGGAUACCCUGCUGAUAGAGAGGAUCCUGCUGCUGGUCAGAAAUGUGCUUCAUGUACCUGCAGACCCCUUGGAAGAGAAGAAAGUGGACGACGAUGCCAGCAUCCAUGAUCGGCUGCUGUGGGCCAUUCACAUGAGCGGCUUCGAUGACCUGAUCAAGUUCCUGGCGUCAGCUCAGAGUGAGCAGCAGUGGAGUAUGCAUGUGUUGGAAAUAAUCUCCCUCAUGUUCAGAGACCAGACGGCGGAAGCUUUGGUGAGCGCCGGUCAGGCUCGCUCAGCAGAACAGAAGCAAAAAGACUCUCAGGAGCUGGAGGCACUGAGACAGAGGGAGCAAGCAGCAAAACACUCCCGCACUUUUCAAAGAGGAACCAGACACUCCCGCUUCGGAGGGUCCUUUGUUGUUCAAGGCCUCAAGGCGAUCGGGGACAAAGAUGUGAUUUAUCACAGACAUGUUCAUAAUUUUAAAAACUACACUCAUGACACAGGCAAAGCAGUGAGACGUGUCCCCAAGAGGAAUCGACAGGCUCGGGAAUGUAAAGACAAACGACGCUCCGCCUUAAAUGUUCGUCUCUUCCUGCGAGAGUUUUGUGUGGAUUUCUUGGAGAACUGCUACAAUCGCCUCAUGUACCUUGUCAAGGAAAGUCUGAUUCGAGAGGAAACUCAGCAACAUGACGAGACGUACUACCUCUGGGCGCUCAGCUUCUUCAUGGCCUUUAACCGUGGCAACGGUUUCCGUGCUGAUUUAGUUUCUGAGACCAUGUCCAUACGCGCGUUCCAUUAUAUUGACCGUAACAUCACCAACUAUUAUGAGAUGAUGCUCACAGACCGCAAAGAGGCCACAUCCUGGUCACGCAGGAUGCACCUGGCACUAAAGGCUUAUCAGGAGCUGCUGCUGACUGUGAACGAGAUGGACCGCUCACAGGAUGAAACCAUUCGUCAGAGUUCCAACGUCAUUAAAAGCAACAUAUUUUACAUGAUGGAGUACAGGGAGAUUUUCUUGACCCUGCUGAGGAAGUACGAUGAGACGACUCAGCCUCAGUCCUACCUCAUAGACCUGGUGGAGUCAACUCAUCUCUUCAUGCGCAUGUUGGAGCGCUUCUGCAAAGGUCGAAGAAGUCUGAUGGUUCAGAAAAAGAAGGUGAGGCGGAAAAAGUCUCGAGCUGAGAAAAGAUCUUCGGCUGAGGAAACCAGUCCGGAGGCUCUGGCAGAGACCUGGAAGAUUGUGGAGGAAGAGCUGAGGGCUUCAGGCUUUCAGUUAUCCGAGUCUUUAACUGAAAGCAUCGUGCCAUUUGAUGCCACAUCUGAAACUCCACUUGAGGAGCAGCGAACGGAGGCCAUGGUGCGGGUUCAGGAUGCCCUGCUGGCUCGACUGGGACCAGAAGCGAUGGGGCUGCUGCGUGCCGCCAGGGAGGUGUGGCCAGAGGGAGAUGUGUUUGGUUCAGCUGAUGUGGAACCUGAGGAGGAACUGGAGCUCCUGAAGCAGAUCCUGCAUGCCAACCUGCCAAGGUCAUCUCCUCCUGAGCCUGCAGCAGAGGAAGAGGAUGAUGCAUUAGAGUUAGAAGAGGAAGAGCUGGAGUCUGUGCAGGUUUCUGAACAAGAGUUCAACUUUCUUGACUUCAUCAAGAGAUUUUCCAACCCGAGUGUUGUGCGUCCAUAUCUCAUCUUAUUAAAAUCAUAUGCAAGAAACACACCUCACACAAACCACUGCAUCGCCCGAAUGCUGCACCGCUUGGCUGUCGACCUCAAGAUGGAUGCCCAGCUGUACCAGCUGUCGGUCUUCAACGUUUUCAACAAGAUCCUGAGUGACCCUGCUGCAGCUGCUUACGCGGAACUGGUGACUUUUGCCAAGUUUGUGUUGAAGCGUUUCUUUGAGCUGGCAGCAAAAAACAACAAGGCAUACGUCGAACUGCUGUUCUGGAAAAAUGUGGGAGCCGUACGUGAGAUGACUGAAGGCUACAGCAAGGACGGAGAGGGAAAGAAACCAACAUGGACUGAAGAGGAGGAAGAGGAGCUGCGCAAACUUUAUGAAGAGCACCGUCACUCUGAAGUGCCAGAUAUAGUCGAGUAUCUGCUGCCAUUACUCAGCAACAGCAACCGCAAUCGACGCCAGGUCGUGGUGCAGCUUGUGCACAUGGGCUUGGUGGGCAGUGCGAAAGAACUAAAGAAACAGAAGAAAGGAACCCAGAUUGUUCUUUGGACUGAGGAUCAGGAGGAGGAGCUGCAGAUGCUCUACGAGGAGUUCAAAGACUCUGAUGACGUGCUGGGUGACAUCAUGAAGAAGAUCACAGCCAAGCGGUCUCGUGCACGUGUGGUGGACAAGCUUAUCAGUAUGGGCCUGGUGGGCAAUGCUAAAGAACUGAGGAAACAGAAGAAAGGAACCCGUAUUGUUCUUUGGACUGAGGAGCAGGAGGAGGAGCUGCAGAUGCUCUACGAGGAGUUCAAAGACUCUGAUGAUGUGCUGGGUAACAUCCUGAAGAAGAUCACAGCCAAGCGGUCUCGUGGACGUGUGGUGGACAAGCUGCUCAGUAUGGGCCUGGUGUCUGAGAGACGAGAACUUUAUAAGAAGAGGAGUCGCAGCAGUGCUAAAGGGAAGAGCUCUGGAAAAGGAAUGACUGAAGAAGAGUUCCUAGAUGAUAUUUUAGACCGAGAUGAUGAAGAUGAAGAUGAAGAUGAGGGAGAGGAUGAGUCUGAGUCUGAGGAGAGUGAAGAAGAGGAGGAAGAGCAAGACAGGGAAACAUCACAAAAUAGAGGAAGAAGAAGCCAAAGCCUUCACUCCACAGUGGAGAGGAGACCUGAUGUCAGCACCUCGGUGUAUGCGCUGCAGCAGGAAGGCCUGUCCGGACCAUUGCUGUGGCUACAGAAAUGUCUAAACAGAACAGCAGAGGACCGCGAAAUUGAUAAUUCGUCCCAGGAUGUGCCACUUGUUCCUCUGACGGAGGAAAAUGAAGACGCCAUGGAAAACAAGAGCUUCCGUAAACUGUUGCGCAGUCUGGGAGUACGAGCUCCUGCUAAUGAACAGGAAAGCUUUUGGAGGAUCCCAGCAAAGAUCAGUGUAACCCAGCUUCAGAGUGCAGCCGCAGCUCUUACCCCAAGAGAGGAGUUACCUAAAGGAGGCGAGGAGCAAGACGGAUCCAGAAGUCCACCCGGACAGGCCCAGGUGGAGGAGGAGGAGGAGCAGCAGCAGCAGCAGCAGGAAGAGGAGGAGGAGGUCUCAGGAGAACGGAGAGCUCAGGCUCUGAGAGCUCUGCUGCUCACACGCAAGAAGAAACAUCACACCUCUGAACACACAGCUCCUGUGUCAGAUUUCACUCCUACUGAGGAUACAGACAGUGCUCUCAAGAGGUCCCAGGAGAAGACCUCAACUAAAAGAAGCAGGGUGUUGGACGACGACGAUGAUGAUGAUGAUGAUGAUAAGGAGAACGAGGAUAACUCCACCACCGCAGCUGAUAAUAUGGAAAUCAACGGUGAUGCAGAUUCAGACCGGGAGGAUGUCUCCGCUCCUGUGAAGCGUAGACGGAAGAUGGUCUUAAUUGAUGAAGAGGACGAUGAGGAUUAGUGACUUUCUCUAAUGGGCUGUAAAAACAGCAGACGGGGGAGACAUUAAAGGCUCUCACUUUAGAGGUGGAUAAAGCUCUCUGGAGGUAUGCAGAAACUCUAUUAAUGGAGAACCAAACAACGCAAAGAAACAGGCCCUUAAACCAGCCCCUGUGGAUACAUAGAGAUCCUAUUCAGCAUUUAAUUUUGUCAUCUUUUUGCUAAGCUUGAUUGGUGCUUUUAUGUUGUUAUCAUAAAUAGGUUCUGCUGGUUUUCUAUUUUGUUAGUGGUUCUCUCAGGAGUCUCAGCCCAGAUAUCAUUCAGAUAUUGCUUGAUCUUUUAUCUGGAAGCUGUAUGUUGAUUAUAUAAUUGUUGUGAGAAAAUUGAUUCUUGGAUUUGUACUUUUGUCAUUUACAAUGUUGAUGCUUCUAUUCCACAGUUAAAUUCAUGCUUUCCUAUUAAUAAAAAAAACUGUUGUCAAA